ACCCCAACCCCCAUCGUCUCCGCUGCUCUCUCAUUCUGCAAUCCCCUCCGCUUCGCCGCCGCCCGCCGUCGCCGUCGCCGUCCGUCGUCCUCCGUCGUCGUCAUUUCCUCGGUCCUUCUCGUCGCGAUCUUGCGAUCUGCAGGGUUCCGUUCGAGGCUCGAAGGAGGCUUUUCUCUCGUCUCGGUUUGAUUUUUGGUUCCCCGACGCUGCCCCCGGGAUUUGGAGGGAGAGCGAUCGUCGGACUCGCCGGGGCGAUCCGCGGAGCUGGUGUCCUUCUCUUUCUUUUUGCUUUAGGCGGUUUCAGAUGAAGACUUCUCUCAGGAAGUUGCGAGGGUUCGGAAUCCACCACCACAACAAGCACGUCGGCGCCAAGGACAAGCGGGAUCUCCAAUGCCUGUCUCAACUGGACGAGCUCGAUCAGGCUUCUCGGGACCUGGACGAUAUGAGAGAUUGCUAUGACAAUUUACUCGCUGCUGCUGCCGCUACCAUGAAUAGUAGUUAUGAGUUCUCGGAGUCUUUGCGGGAAUUGGGUGAUUGUCUUCUUGAAAAGACCGCAUUAAAUGAUGAUGAAGAUAGUGGAAAGGUAUUGCUCAUGCUUGGUAAAUUACAGUAUCAACUCCAGAAACACCUUGAUGCCUAUCGCUCUAACAUAACACGGACAAUCACAAUCCCCUCACAGUCUCUUCUUAAUGAACUUCGAACAGUUGAGGAGAUGAAGCAACAAUGUGAUGAAAAAAGGGUCAUAUAUGAAGACACAUUAAAGAAACAGAGAGAAAAAGGUCGAUCAAGAACUGUUAAGGGAGAGAAUUUUACCCUGCCACAAGUGCAAGAAGCUUAUGAACAAUUUGAUGAGGAGGCGAGUGUGUUUAUAUUCCGGCUGAAAUCUCUGAAACAAGGGCAAUCUCGUAGUCUUCUCACACAGGCAGCUCGUCAUCAUGCUGCUCAGUUGAACUUCUUCAAGAGAGCCCUGAAGUCUCUUGAGGAUGUGGAGCCACAGGUACAAUUUAUUGCUGUGCAGCAGCAUAUUGAUUACCCCUUUGACGGACUUGAAGAUGAUGAAGGAGAUGAAAUGGAUGAUGAUCAAGAUGAUGACAGUUAUGACACGCAUGAUGAUGGGGAGUUGAGCUUCGACUAUGGGCAAUCUGAUCAAGCUCCAUUGACUGAUUCAAAUAUUAGGCAUUCAAUGGAGUUGGAUCAGGUGGACCUUACAUUUCCCCAAGUUUCUCCGGCCGAAACCGUGAAGGAAAAUGCAGAGAAAUUCGUUGGAGGAUAUUUUAGUGGAGAAAACAGGAAGAUCGCCAAGUCGGCUCCACUCUAUCCAGAAAAGAAGUCAGAUCCUAUGGACAAAAUGGGGACAAUGAGACAAUCAUCAACUCGGAAGCUUCAAACCUAUGUCUUGCCCACACCGACGGAUGCGAAGACUUCAAUAACCACACCAUCAGUCAAACCAUUUCUACCCUCCAGACAGACCAGUUUGAGCUGGCGUAACCCAAAGUUGUGGCAUUCAUCUCCCCUGGAACCAAAGAAGUUCGGGAAAAGCUCAGCUGAUGGGAAAUUCUCGGGCACUUUGGUCUCGAAUAAUCACGGCAUUUUCAAGGAGAGUAAAAACAAUGCCACAUCCCCAUUACUACCUCCUCCUUUGGCAGAGGGGCUCUUAUUCACAAACCAUGAUCCUCUCGGUGCUCCGGGUUCUAAGAAAUUCAAAAGACAAGCAUUCUCUGGACCAUUGACUAAUAAGCCACAGCCUAACCUGUCAGCACCAGUGGAACAUCCCCAUUUAUAUUCAGGACCAAUCUUGCGAAAUCCAAUUUCUCAACCUUUUUCAUCUCCUCCAAAACUGUCAACAAUCUCUUCUCCACCUCUUACGUCAUCACCUAAAAUAAGUGAGCUCCAUGAGCUUCCAAGGCCCCCUGCCGGUUCAAAUAACAGACAUUCAGGAUUUGUGGGUCAUUCAGCUCCAUUGUUCCCGCGAGGACAAGAUCAUUCAGUUACGAAGGAGCCUGUGGCAAUGACUUCAGCAUCCCCAUUGCCAAUUCCUCCUCAGACUGUCCCUCGUAGUUUUUCCAUACCUUCAAGUGGUUUGAGGACCCCACGGGGUUCAAAGCCAUCGGAAGUUCCAAAUAGCAUAGAGACAGCAGAAGAUGUGUCUUCUCCGCCGCUAACACCGAUAUCUUUAUCUAACAUCCAGCCUCCACCAGCUAAUGCACAAGCUAUCCUUCCAUCCGUUAAAAUAGGAGGGACAACCUGAUGAUUUAUUCGUUGGAGCAUUUUUUUGUGCAAUCCACGGGUGUCCAAUACAAGGUAGCUUGUGGUAAUUUCUCGCAGUUGCAUAUUUGUAAAUUAUUUUCCCCCUUAAAAGCCAUUUCUUUGGGGAGCGGUUGGUAGGGAAUUACAUAAUCGCCCUAAUGUGUCAAGCCAGAGAAUUUGUACAUACUUGUAGGAAUUAAAUACGAAGUUGUUUUCGGCUCUUUCUACUUUUUGACAUGGACGGACCUCUUUUGUUUAGCAUUUAAGUGGGAAUUCAUUCUCCCAUUGGCAGAUCA